UGAGCGUGUCUCCUGUGCUGGACAGAUUUCGAAUCAGUGGUACGCAAAUGCUUAUCAUUUUUUGAAUGUAUUUUGCGUAGAAGAAAUCGGUGACAAUUUUUUAAAUCAGCUGAAGUCACCGUUGUGCCUAAGAAAACCUUUGGGAAAGGCUAGCAGCAUUGACAUGACAUCGGACCAGCAGGUUUCUGAUUUUGCCAGUGCUGUGACAAAAACACCAGGAUUAAACCCGAAUGCUAACAUCUUUACCAGCUCCAAACUUGUAGCAACACCAGCUGAAAAGGAUUGGGAGACAAGAGAAGAAUUUUUGACAAAUGGGGACUUAAAGCAGGAUGAAGUGGGUGGAGGAUUUUCCUCAGGAGACUCGCCAGUCUCAACCAGCCCACCUGUCCAGGGCUUGGAUUCAACAUCAGAAGGACCCCAGGUCCUUUCAGGGGGAACUGGGCUUGGAGGGUCCAGUGUGGCUGCAGCAUAUGUUCAUAUGGUUACUGCAGAUGCUGCAGGUUCAUUACCUGCUGAAGAGGAUGACUCAUCUGUGCCUGUCAUCCUACCUCCAAUGCAGAUGGCCAAUGGCCUCAAUUCCAUGGGCCAUGAAGGAGCGUCAACUCAGGGAGCAUCUCAUGAGGGCUCACUGUCUCCAGACAGGCUUCGUACACUUCUCAAGCAGCAACUGGAGUAUUACUUUUCCAGAGAGAACCUCGUACACGACCAGUAUCUUCAGUCACAGAUGGAUAGUGACCAGUAUGUACCCAUAGCAACAGUGGCAAGUUUUAACUUGGUGCAGAAACUAACACAUGACUUAGACCUCAUUGUGGAAGUACUUCGGGCAUCAAAGCAAGUUCAGGUGGAUGAAAAAGGAGAGAAAGUGAGGCCUAAGCACAGCCGAAGUGUUCUCAUGCUUCGAGAAAUCCCAGAAACGACUCCUGUAGAGGAGGUGCGGGCUCUCUUUGAUGGGGAGAAUUGUCCAAAGGUAGUCAGCUGUGAGUUCGCUCACAACUCCUACUGGUACAUUACCUUUGAGACAGAUGAGGAUGCCACACAGGCUUAUCGCUAUCUUCGGGAAGAGAAAAAAACAUUUCUGAACAAACCCAUCAUGGCUAGGAUUAAAGCUCGGCCUCUGAUGCGAACAGGAGGACCUUACAUUCUUGGCAAAGCAGUACCACGGCAGCCAGCACCUGAGACUCAAAGCUUUUUGCGACAGCAGACUGCAUAUCCUAUCGUGACUCCUAUUUCCCCCUUUGUUAGCGGACAACAGGUUGCACAGGGUUUUUAUCUGCCUCCCGUCUUGCAACAGUGGGGCACCCCUGCAGCAGCAGCAGCAACUUUUCUAGAUCCUGGAGCGAUGCUUGCCAUGAAUGGAUAUCAAGCGACCAGCAUAAAGCCUUCAACAAAUAGUGCACGCAAUGUGUAUCCACGUAAUAACAGGGCCACUAAACCUCAUCAUCGUUCUCAAGUCUCUGAAAAGAAUCUUGAACAGCGAUCUUCUGACCGUUCUCUUAAUAGCAGCACUAACAGCAACAGCAGUGUGUCUGCAGCGCGGGCCAGUCCACACAGUAGCAGUAGCAACAGUGCCCCUUCUGAAGUGUCCCAUUCUGCGUCUUACUCUCGAACUCGCAAUGAGGGUCCAACAACCAGUAACCACAGUCAAGUCCAUUCUCACAGUCAUUCAGUGUCCACACCCAGCUCAACAUCUCAUAUAGAGGAUGGGCCCAGUCCUGCACCAAGCAGUGCCAAAUCAGAACAGAUGACAGGUCAAAAGCGAGGGGGCAACUUUAGGCGCAGACGAAAUGAUGAUAAUACCAGGGGCUCUAGAUUGCAUCAGAAUCACCAGAACAAAGAUGGAAAAGCUCAGCAUGAGUUGUCCUUUGAGCUGGAACCAUUAUCAUUUCCGCCUCUGCCAGGUCAACUGGGAAAUUCUUCAUCCAGUGACACACCAGAGGGCAACAAGCUGUCGGAUGUUGUGAAAGGCACUGCUCGUCCAUGUUCCCAGUUACAUGCUCGUGGGGAAAAGGAACCAAAAUCAGCACCUCUAAUGACACUGACUCCCUCUGUUUCACAAUGUGUCACACAAGUAUCAAAUCAGACGUCCAUUUCUGCUCAUUCGUCAUCAGAUCCCGUAGUUUCUCAAGUUACGAUAGCCUCGGUUUCAUCUGCUCCUCUUCAUUCCUCUGCUGCUGUUGUGUCUGCCAAUUCUUUGGUGGGAACAAAAGAGACACCAGAACCCUCUGGUGUUCCAGCUAGUAGUAUGAAGAGUUCUACUACAAGCAUCAUAGUUACACCAGAACCAUCUACCCAGCCUAAGGCUAGUAAAGCCUGCAGUGGAGCCCCUGGCACAGUAAAACCUUCCACAGAGGCCAACACUUUGUCAAAACAAACAGCUCUUGACAAUUCUUCGGUUAAACAUACUCCAUCCCCUGUCAUUCAAGAUGUGCCAGCUCGUCUCAGUUAUGCACAAAUGGUGCAGCGUAGGCAAGCAACAGAUAAUGUUGAGAAACAAAAGACAGAUGAUUCCCCUCAGCCAGCUGCAUCUGCUAGUGUUACCCGACCUGCUGCACAGACAACACUUCGUGAACAGAGUCAGACGCAGACAGUGAAUGCAGUUUCAGCAUCUGCAACUCCUAAAUCAGCAUGUGCCAGUGCAAGAUCCUCCAACAAAGAAUCUGUACGGAAAGACUUUGAACCCAGAGAACAGCGCUUCCAAGGCAGUCGUCGUUCCAAAGAAAACCGUGACCGUCAGCAGAGACCUGAACGUCGACGCUCUGAACGUGAUGUUAGAGUUGUGGCAAAGUGACUUCAUACUUGAAAAUCUCCUAGUCAGGUGUAUUCCUGCCUCAUAAACUGCUAAUGAGGCAGUGAUUGUGGAGGGAUGACGUGGGCAUUGGCAAGUGCAACAGCAUCUCUGAAAUUUCAGAGCUUAAAGAGGAACCAUCCACCAUCCAUCUCUCUUGAUCAUGAUCUAUUCAUGAUGCAUGGAGGGAGAGCAUAGACGUGAACCUUGUGUGGCUGACUGUUGGGUUAGGCUUUAUAUGCAGGAAACAGGCUUUUGAAAUCUGUGGCUUCCAGAAUUUUCAGAUUAUGGAGAAUGCAAACAAGAUGAAAAGCAGUUUGGUUCUUGAGUGCUUCACAAGAAUUUCAUGACUGCUAAAACGGCAACUUUACCAGUCAUAUCGGGCUUUGAUCUCUGCUUGCCAGGCCCAGAGAAUGCUCACUUUCAGAAAUAUCCAUUCUUGGCAAUUGGUUUCUUCGCAUGUUUUAAGAGGGGAAAAGAGGGUUUAAAGAGAGACCAAACAAUGCACUGUGUAAGACUGUUUUUGCCUUGGUUAUUGCUUGGUGGAGUAAGAGGUGUUUUCAUUAGACUGGUACAUAUUACUAGUUGUGAAUUUACAUACUACAUUGUUGAAGAAAAAAGUCUUUUAGUUUGUUUAUUGCCUUAACAUCUGAUAUUUUCUUGAUUUUUUUUUCCUUCUUGCAUUGACUGAUAGAAAAUGUUUUAUGUACGGAGUUCAGGAUGUGGAGAAAGAAAAGUUCUCAAUCUCCAUUUCCUUCCCCUAUAAAAUUGGCAUGAAUUGAAGAAAAAUUCCUCGUAACAGUUAAAAAAGAGUUCACAUUGCUUUUGAUUUCUUAUAGCUAAAUGGCUGAUAUAUGGAGUGUUUUUUUUUCUGUUAUUGUUUUUUGUAAGAAAUCAUAUCGUGCUUUCUUUUUUUUUUAAAAAAAAUUGGGUGACAAAAAUUUUUUUAAAAAGUAGGACUUGGUAAGAAUUGUUUUGCAGUGAAGUGACAACUGUCAUUUUAAUGUCUGUCAAACAGUUUUUAUUGUCAUUUGAUUACAAUUUGAAAUUUUAAUUAUCUUGAUUUGCAUCACCUAGCCAUUUAAGAUUGCCAUUUGUGAAAGUUAAUUGCAACUGAGUAACAUGCUGCUGUUUUUCACUUGGUCAACCUAACCUACUUGUUUAGAUUGUAAGGUAAGAUCAUAAUUAGCUAACUGACACAAUAGAUUUUCAUGCUCUUGAAAGUCACGAUUACAACAUUAUAAUCUGAGAGUUGUAAGCUGUUGCUUUCAUCUAAGUUUUAUGCAGCUGCAGAUCCUAGGUUGUUUUCAGGCCAAAGAAUAGAAAAGGGGAAGUUAUGGCGGUCAGGAAUUCAUCUGUUUCUUUUGUGACAAAGAGUGGAAAUGUGUGAAGGGAUGUUGUUUACAAGUGGAAAAGAUCUUUUUCCUUUUCCUUGGUCAACAUCUUUUAUCAUUCUUGUUUCCAACAUCAUUUUGGAGAUGUGAAUAACGUAACAGUUGUGAUGGGCAAAUGCAAAAUGCACAUUCUACUGAGAUCCAUAGUCUGCUUGUUGAUUUGAAAUGUGUUUCAGACUUUUGUGGUGGAAUUAUGUAUUGUUCCAUAGUCAUGUGCUUUGUGCUUAUAUGCAUCCUUUACAUCUCUUGGUGCUGUUUAUGAUCCACAGCACAUUUUGUAUAUUGCUGUUUGAAAACGUGUAAGUGCAAAGCAAUAUUCCACACGAUUCCUUUUAUAAAAGUGAUGAAAGAACUAAGGUUUUUGUUUUAAUUAUUAUUUAUGACUCCUCAAUUCGCAUUUUGUUUCUUUCCUUUAUAAAUCUUAGGUCAGAUAUGAUAUUUUACAUGCCCGUUGUGUAUGAAGGAUAAAAUAGAAGAAUUAAAAAUACAAAAACAGCUUCAAUUGGUGAGUUUCUAUUUUCAUUUGUUUUCAACAAAGGAGAUCUGUCUUGUAGCAAGCUGCUUGGUUGGCAUAUUAACUUUUUCCAUUCUAAAUCUUCCUACUCGAUAAUUUUCUUUUAGUAGGUUUAGACAAAACAGCCUCAUAGUUUAGGUAAGUACUUUAUUUCAUGAAGGCAUAUAGAUAUGUUCUCUUUAGAAGCUGAGGUAAAAGCAUAUUAGGAGAUAAGUCAUUGUAGUCUGUUUGAAGAUGUGUAUUUGAAUCCUAAGCAUUUAUCUUGCUGUUUGUUUUUCAUCUGUUGGUGACACACAGCCAAGAAUGUUUUGGUGUACUGGGGAGGUAGGAGGGAUACUGCAGUGGGAGAAUUUUGAUACAUGUGAUUGUUUAUGUCUGUUCUAAUGCUGGUACACACAACCAUCCUUGACCGAUUUCAUUUGUGAUACAAAAGUAGUUCUAUUUUCUUAUUAGAGUGCUAUCCUUUGCCUUAUUCAUGAAUGAAAGGUAAAAACCCUUUAAAAGAAGGCAGGAUAUUUUGUCAGCUUAAUCAGAAGAUCCUUAGUGAAAUAUGUGUUAUUGUGUGGUUUGUGAAGACCAAGGGUGUUGGUCAGAUUCUAAUACCUUAGACGAUUGCUGUUGGUAUGAACCUUCAUUAUAAUGUACCAUUUUUCAAACAGAGUGCGUGUGUGUUUCAUGGUGGGGACAACAUGUCCACAUAAAUUUCUUGGUUGUUGCUAAACUGCAUUUGAGAGGAAAAAUGAAAGCCUUUCUGGAUAUUGCAUCAGAUUGAUGAAUAUCUUAAUUCUUCUGUUGAUGGAUGUAAACAUAAUAAUUAAAAAUAUCUGUGUACAUGCAUUGUGUGCCUGGUUGUCCCCUGAGAUGUUUGUAGUGUGUGGUAUGAUUAUCGCUUGCUGACAGGGAUUUCAGGAAAUUAUAAUUGAAAAGUAGACAACUGUCUGUUGUACAUAAAGCAUUAAUAACACAUCAUCAUUGUUUGAUAGAAUGUAGAGCGGUGUGGUCACAAGCAUGCAUAAAAUCCCAAAUGUUAUUCAGUUUGUCUCAUUAGAAAGCUUUAUGAUGAUGGUCUGCUCAAAAUGCAGCCAGAGGUUUGUUGAUCUGAUUGGUUUGGUAGUUUGCUUAAUUAACUAAAAAAAGAAAAAAAAGCUUCCAGCUUUAUACCUGGUAUGGUCUGCUGCUCAAGUGAUGUGUUUGCAAAUGCCAUAAAAUUUAGACUCAUCAGAUGAUGUACACUAUUUUUAAAACAUGUCCACUUUAGUGUAUGUGACGUGUUUACUGCCUGCUGUGGCCAUAGCAACUUGUACUUGGUUAUCCUAACUGCAAUCUAUUAAAACUUGUACUUGGGGUUGAACAAGUAGCCUGUCAUGUUUUUCCUGUCUAAAUGGUUAUUUAAUAAGUCAUUCUAGACAAGAUCUUAAUCAUUUAGGUAGUAAUCUAAAGAUUCAAAUUUCAAUUAAGAUCUAUAAUUGUGAUCUGUAUUUUCCCCUGCUGGUCAUUUGUACCGAGUGAUUUGUUUGAGCUGCUUCUAGUGUGGGUCCUGAAUAUGACGUGUAAUCUUAUGGACAGAAUACUGUGCACAUAUUAUUUAAUCUUUUAGAUGCCAAAGGUAGUGGAUAGUGAUUACAGCUGUGGAAUGUUAACCUUAAAGUGUGGCAGUUUGAUACUUGUUUGGCACAGCAAACUUCCCCCAGUUGAUCUAGCCAUCAGGAAUGGGUGUCUGAUCGACUCCAGAGACAAAAAACGGAGACAACUUUCAAACCCCACCCACCCCCACACACACACACUUUUUUGGAUAUCAUUAUGAUUUUCAUUCUUGUUCAUGAUACCCGAAAUGUUACAAUAACGAACCUGGCCAAGGUCGUCCGAGUUUACACAAUUAUUAUUAGUUGAUUUAGUUGCCCCUACUGGAGGCAUUAAUAUAGAAAUGGCAAAAAGCUUUCACUUCCUCCAGUACUGUAUUCUGAAAUGUAAGGAAAAUUUUAUAUUUCAUUUAAGAUGUCAAGUUGCACCAUUACCAGAAAAAAGUCAGAUUAUUGAUUUUUUUUUUGUUUUUUGUUUUUUUUUUUGAUGUGGGCAAUACCUUCAGAGAAUUACAAGACAGUGCUGAAGACUAUUUUACGAUGUGGGGGAGGGGGUGGGUGAAGACAAUGUACAAAUCUCUUAUGCUCACAGGUACAGUAUUGCAGGUGUUACUAUAAACCUUCAGUUUUUCACUGCCUUGGAGUACGUGCAUUUUUUUGGAUGUUGCUUAGGAAAAAGUUUUACCAUCAGAAAUUGUAGUAGGAUAAAAAAGAAGAUAGCUUAAUAUUUUUGUUUUCCUUCCUUUCAAGUCAUAUAUGUUCUUGCCUUUCAGCAUAGGGAAUAUUUAGUCAGAAGCAGCCAAUAAUCCAGAUGGCCUGGUUGUUAUAUACAUUCCAGUUUUUUGUUUUUUUUAACCUUGAUUGGGUGAUUGAUGGGCUAUCUUGUCGCUUUUUUAAUGUCACCUACAAUGAAAAUUGUUUGUCAAGCCCAUUGAUUGUACUGUGCAGACUGUAGUACUUACAUCCACUUUUGAAAAUGCACAGAAAGCAUAACAUAUGAAAGGAAGUGAUGUCAUGCCCCAUAUAGAAUCUGUCCAUUCUGUUUGAGUGGUAAAUUUGUAAUUAGAAUGGAUGUGGGCAGCAAAUGCUGAAAACGUUUGUGUAUAUAUUUAUAUGUAUAGUCUUUAGAUUUGUAUGUUCAUUGAUUUUACUGAGGCAUACUUCACAUUGACAGGCAUUUUCAAUUCAACAGCAUAAAACAGGCAAUUCUUCACAUCAAAUAUUGUCAUUGGACAUUAUAGACGAUCGUGUGGCAUAUUUUGUGAUCACCAGAAAACAUUUGUCAUCUGACUUUAUGUUGUUGUACUUUAAUGCCUGAAAACAACGUAGGAAGUUUCUUUGAGAGAGUUGCUUCUUCUGGUAUAUCUUGAAUGCACCAUGUUGUAUUGGUCGGUAAGUUUGGUCCAAGGUUUGAUAUUCAGUGUUCUUCACAAAGAUCGUACUUAUCACACCUGGUCUUUAGCAAGAUGUAUGUUUAAAUGAGAAAUAAUCUUGAAACAUUUAUCAGGAGCAUAUAUUUGGCUUUCACAUUCAGCCUUUAUCGUUGUGCAUCAGCAGGGGAAAGAUUUUGUACUUUUCUUUCAUAUCUAUUUUCACAUCAACCCUUUUUUUAAAGCCUAAUCAAAAUUGCCCUUUUUUUGUUUUUGUUCCCCUAAUAGAAUUUAGAGAGUGUAAAAUCAUUACACUUAUUUUCCCUUUAAGUUGUUUUGUUUAUUGUUUUAAUUUUACUAUUUUAACAAACUCCCAUGAUCGUGUGAGUGUGACAUGGCAUGUAAACAUGGCUUUAUAAUGUGAGCACUGACAUAUUAAAUAUGAAGUUCAUUUUAAAAUAUGUUUUGGGGGAACUGGAUAUAAUAAUGCUAUAUCUGGAGUCAUCAUAAUCUUUUGUAGUCUUGACUAAUUUAUAGUUAAUUAAACCCUUUAGUGCAAACUAAUCUGAUUAGAGCCAUACUUUUGUUUUAGUGACUGGGGUAGAUAACAAAGUGUGAGGGAGUUAACACCUUCAGUUGCUAAACUAUUGUUUGAUAAAGUGUUUAGAAUCUUGUUUAGUUUGCAGUUAUUGCUUAAAAAAAUUCUGUUGAUAGUGCAUGUAACAUUUGGGGGGAUGGGAACCCCAAGCUGCCCUUCUCCCUCACCUUUCUACCUCAGGCUUGGCAAUGCACUUGCUAAUACUGUGCACCUACUGCACGAAUGCAUGCAAGCUUGGAUUUAUGCACACAAAUUUCACAUGCUCAUGUGCAUAUAUACAUGAGCACACAUCAUUUUUUUAAACAUAGAAAUCAGUGAUCUGUGCUUAUCAAAAUAUAACUUAAUUAUUGGGUAAGAUAUGGCAGUAACUCGUGUUGUGCGUACUGCUGUACAAUUCUUUUUUGUUAAACAGGUAAUUUUUUCUUUGUCCCUAAAAGCCGAGAUAAAGAUUCUGCCUGAUAAGGCUACUGCCCAUUUCUGAUCAGGUACUGUCAAUGUCAAGGAUAUUAUUUUUGCAGUUAAGAUUGUAUUGAGUGGUUUCAUAAAUCAUCUGCUUUAAUCAGAUGUUGUAUGUGAAAAUUUGGAUAAAACCAAGAGGCUUGUUAGCCCUUGUAUUUGCUUUGCAUGUAAAAGAAUUGCUUUGUUUGGUGAUGAAAUCUGCUAAUGAGUAAAAUAUGUACAUAGACCUUUACAGAAAUAAAUGAAGCCCUGCAUGAAUUGUUAUAAAAGGAUGUGACACAUUGUGAUUCAGUGUACAUAAGGUGUUCUGUAUUCUACCACUUGUCAGUUCUUGCAAUCUGCUCUUGAGAGCUUAAGUAGGUUUCAGUUGUUGUAAGGGAAUCUUAUUCAGUCAUAUCUUUGGGAUCUUGAUUGUAGUUCUGAUGUAACAUAUGCUACUCACCCAUUUUCAACUGUGGUGGUUUGAUAAAAGCUACUCAGAGCUCUAGAAUAAACAAGUUGCUUUUUUUUUUUUUUAUUUUCUUAAAAGUAUAUCGCUUCAGUAGUUGGUGAUAGGAUAUUCUUGGUUAUCUUUGACAUUCACCAUGCUAAAGCCAUUGUUUAUCCUCUCAAAUUUUGGGGCAUGUUGCAAGUGAGCUGUUUUUGAGUUUGACCUAUGAAUGCCUUAAUUGGACACAAAACUGUUAAUUGUGUGCACUCUAAUGUGUACUCUGUGUGUGUGUGUGGGCGAGAAAGAGAGACAAACAGGAUCAAGCGGUUUACUGACAUCAGUUUUAUGUAACUGUUGACAUUGCUUUACUCAUGCUAAGAGAAAUUGUCUUUUGUUGUGAAAUAGCAAAAAGGGUAGAAGGGAGGGAGGAUAUAAAUUUGAAGGGAAGCAUAUCUUGCAGGUGGUGGUUUUGUCUCUGUAGACUGUAAACAUUUCCCCAUGUCUGCAACCGAAGACCACAUUGUCCAUACAUGAGGUGACUGGUGUCAACAUGUUUGACAGUCUUGUUUUUGUUUUUUUGUUUGUUUUUGUUUUUUUGUUUCAUUUUUCCAAUCUCCUCAACAUCCAUUCUACUAAUAUUCCCCAUCCCCUUUUAUCGUCUCUCAAGCUAAUUGCCCCUCUUAUCUCGUGCUUAGGGUGAGGAAGUUUUAAAAUUAAAAUUUUGCUGAAAUAUGAAUUUUAAAAAGGUGAGUACUUUGGUCAAGUUUUUGAAAACUCUUAAUUCGUUUGAUUAAAUUUGGGUUAUUUAUUGCAAAUAUAAAUGUAGGAGAGGAAAAAAUAAAUCUAUCUUUGUCAUAA